AUGGUUCUUGUCAGUGUAUCACUCUUUGUCUCGUCACUUUUGUUAGCCAAUUUAUUCUUGUUGCUAUCAAACACACCCGUAAA